AUGAGAGUGCCCAUUUUAAUAAUAUUUAUUUCAACAUCACUAAUAUCUUCAGUUAAAGGAGAUUCAUGGUCUAAAUUAGGUUGUUUUGCUAAAUCGUCAUUAUCUACAUCUUCUUCACAAGGUACUUAUAUUUGGCAAAGUUCUGGUCAUUGUCAAUCAGAAUGUGAAGGGUCAAGAAUUGCAGCAUUAAUUAAUGGUAAUGAAUGUUAUUGCGGUGAUUCAGAUCCUUCAAAUCAAGUCGAUUCAUCAAAUUGUGAUACCAAAUGUGCUGGUUAUGGUUAUGAAAGUUGUGGUGGUGGAUCAGAUUACUAUGAUGUUUAUGUAAAUUCAGAUGUUGAUAAUGAAGAAAGUUCAAGUUCAAGUUCAAGUUCAAGUUCAAGUUCAAGUUCGAGCUCAUCGAGUUCUACAAGAUCAAGUUCAUCUUCUACAUCUAGCUCAUCAAGUUCAUCAACUAAUUCUCCAUCAUCUACGGAACAAGAGGAACCAGAAACAAGUACAGUUUUAAGAACUGCAACUUCAACGCAAUCACCAAGUUCUACUCAACAAUCAUCUACUACAUCUUCUUCGACAAGUUCCACUACAUCAAUUGCACCAACUACAUUAAUCUCAACAGUUGUAAAUUCAGCAGGUAAUGGAUCACCUUCAAUUAUAUAUAAAACAGUCAUACAAACUCCAUCAUCUACAUCACAACAAUCAACAACAACAUCAGAUUCAAUUACGAAUGCAAAUUCAUCUUCUUCAUCAUCAUCGUCAGACUCCGAUAAUAAUCAAAAUCAUUCAAAAUCUAUAUCAGGAGGAGGUAUAGCAGGUGCUGUAGUUGGAUCAGUAGCUGGUGUAGCUUUAAUUGCAGGAUUAAUAUUCUUUUUCUGUUGGUAUAGAAGAAGAAAAGAUCAAGAAGAUGAAGAAGAUGAUAAUUUUACGUUAUCUGGACCAAAAGAUCAAGCAGAAAUGGGUCAAACUUCAAGUCCAAUAGAUCCAAAUCCAUUUUUGAUGAGUGCAGGUUAUAAUAACUUUGAUACAAAUCAACAACAGAAUCAACCAAAUAAACAAAGAUCAAUGUCUUCGAGAGGAGGAAGUAAUGGUGGUAAUGCAACAACAGUAAAUAAUUCAAAUCAUAACAAUAACAGUCAUUAUUAUAGUUCUUCAGGUGGUGGAUCAUUUGGUUCAAAUACAGAUUCAAUAAUUCCAAAUUUCAAUAAUGAAAUGUCAUCACCUAAUCAUGGGCCUCUUUUCUUGAAUCCAGAUUCUCCAAAUCCAGAAUAUUUAGGUAGGAGGAAAUUAAGUAAUGGUUCAUUACCGGAUAUGAUUGCAAGAGAACCUGGUUCAUUAAAAGUGGUGAAUAAUUAA